GCGGCGGUGCAUUGUGGGAGCGGCGUUCUAAGAUGGCGGCGGACGCCGCUGCCCUGAACUGGAGGCGAGUGUCCUCCUUCACGGGGCCGGUGCCUCGUUCCCGCCACGGGCACCGCGCCGCCGCCAUCCGCGAGCUGAUCAUCAUCUUCGGAGGCGGCAACGAGGGUAUCGCCGACGAGCUUCACGUCUACAACACCGCUACAAACCAGUGGUUUCUUCCUGCUGUUAGAGGUGAUAUCCCACCAGGCUGUGCAGCCCAUGGAUUUGUUUGUGAUGGUACCAGAAUUCUAGUAUUUGGAGGAAUGGUUGAAUAUGGAAGAUACAGUAAUGAUUUAUAUGAAUUACAGGCAAGUCGAUGGCUGUGGAAGAAAAUGAAACCUCAACACCCAUCAACAAGCUUGCCACCUUGUCCUCGCCUCGGCCACAGCUUUUCUUUGUAUGGUAACAAGUGUUACUUAUUUGGAGGACUGGCAAAUGAAAGUGAAGACUCUAAUAACAACAUUCCCAGGUAUUUAAAUGAUUUCUAUGAAUUGGAGCUCCAGCAUGGUUCAGGAGUCACAGGCUGGAGUAUUCCAGUAACCAAAGGUGUUUUGCCUUCACCCAGAGAAUCUCAUACAGCCGUUAUAUACUGUAGGAAAGACUCUGGAAAUGCAAAGAUGUUUAUCUUUGGAGGGAUGUCUGGCUGUCGACUUAAUGACCUUUGGGAGCUUGACAUAGAAUCAAUGACUUGGUCGAAAUUAGAAUCUAAAGGGACAGUUCCACUUCCUCGUAGUCUCCAUACAGCCAGUGUAAUAGGAAACAAAAUGUAUGUUUUUGGUGGAUGGGUUCCACAGAACAUAGAUGAAAACUUGUCUUCUCAAGAUGGAGAAUGGAAAUGUACUGGUUCGUUUUCUUACUUAAACUUAGAUACUAAGGAAUGGAUAGGUCUAAUCUCAGAUUGCCAAGAAGACAAAAAUAACUUGUUGCCUGGCCCAAGAGCUGGUCAUUGUGCUGUUGUAGUUGGCACUCGCUUGUAUAUAUGGAGUGGCAGAGAUGGCUAUCGGAAAGCUUGGAACAAUCAAGUUUGUUGCAAAGAUCUUUGGUAUCUUGAUACAGAGAAACCACCAGCACCCUCACAGGUACAGCUAAUCAGAGCAACUACUAAUUCAUUUCAAGUCAAGUGGGAUGAAGUACCUACUGUGGAGGGGUAUCUUCUUCAGUUGAGUUUGGACGUUCCAACACCUGUGGCUGAAAUGCCCAUUACUGUGGUUCCUGAGGCAUCUUCAGGAAUCAAGUUGGAUCUUCAUAGCCAAACUCCCAAUAAAGCUCCAAACAAUGUACAAAUUUCUAUUUCAGAGAGUAAAGGAAAGGUUCUGGAACCUGACAACGCAAAGAAAAAUAAUUCCGUUUCCAAAGAGCCUGGUGCCUCUUUACGUUUACCUGGUAGCACUUUAGUAAAUGUGACUGAAUUACUUGACUUUGACUCAAGAUCUCAAAAACUGGACACUUCAGUAUCCGGUAUUGCCUCUACUGCACAAAAUGUGGCAUCCCAGCAGGCUGUUAAAACUGAGUCAUCAAGUACAAAUGGGGCAGCUUUAAAAGAUGAAACGUCAUUAACAGCAGCCUCUUCAAAACCUGAAGCUAAAGAGCCUACUAUGUCCUCAACUAGAGACACUUCUAUUAGUUCAGCUCUACAAUUGCCUAAAACAUCGCCACCCAAGCCGAAUGCAAGGGUGAGAACACAGGAACGAAGGUGGCACGAUGUUGGUAUUUUUCAAAGCAACACUGGUUUAGUGAAUCAAUUUUAUUUACUAACAGAAGAAAAGGCCUUUAUUUCUGGCAAGGGAGACAAUGCAGAUGUUCCCAAUGACACUUUACUUAAGAAACAGGAUCUUACUCCUGGCACUUUAUACAGGUUCAGAGUUGCUGCAAUCAAUGGCUGUGGCGUAGGGCCAUUCAGUAAAGUCAGUGAAUUCAAAACCUGCAUCCCUGGAUUUCCUGGCGCGCCUUCCAUUGUCAAAAUUAGCAAGAGUGCUGAUUGUAUUCACCUUUCAUGGGAGCCUCCUGUUUCGCCUUCAGGAAAUAUCCUGGAAUAUUCCGCCUACUUGGCUAUAAGAACCACCCAGCUCCAUGAGAAUCCUAGUCAGCUUAUGUUUAUGAAAAUCUAUUGUGGCCUUAAGACCUCAUGUACAGUGACUGCUGCGCAGCUUGCAAAUGCCCAUGUCGAUCACACAUCCAAACCUGCCAUUGUGUUCCGGAUCUCAGCCAAAAACGAGAGGGGAUAUGGACCAGCCACACAAGUUCGGUGGCUUCAAGAAACGAAAACGUCAGGUUCAAAAUAGAAGCAUCAUGUUGUUACAGCAAGUUGUGGAGUAGCAAUUAGAACUCACAAAAUCUUCCAAACAUUUUGUUUUAAAAUGUCUUAACUUCACAGUAUGAGUGCCAUGCAAGUGUGCAGAACUGGGCCCAUAGAGAUUGUAUUUUUAUACUAUUCUAUCCAGUGUGGUCUCAGUGUGGAGUCCUUGGCUCAUAUCAAAAAGGUUAUGUAUGCAUUUGAUUUUUUGGAGCGUCUUCCUUCCAGCCACCGACAUCCGUACCCAUCCCAGCCACCAACACAUUAGCUUCCAGCUCAUAGCAGCGUGCCAUAGCUCAGUGAGCAAAAGCUUGGCAUUGAAAGGUCCCAGGUUCAAUCCCUGAUGCAUCUUCAAUUACAACUUGAAAAGACCCUGGACGGAACUUUGGAGGGUCACUGUCAGUCAGAACAGACAACAUUGAGCUAGAUUACGAUUUGGCUCACUGUAAUGUUCGUAGAUGUAAAUGUUCAAUUGCAUUUUUAAAACUUCACUAUUUUGGAUGAAAAGUAUUAGAAGAAGAUGGGGUAGGAAUGACAGAUAUGAACUCAUGCUAAUUUUCUCCUUAAACAGCUCUAAAUGAAAACUGACAAGUUUUAAACCUUAUUGAGGGCUGCUUGAGGAUCCGUUGGAAGGAAGAGUUCCCAAGAAUGUUCAUCACAGUAAUUGCCUAUUUAUGUUUUCUGUUGGUAGAUCUGAUCAUAAUUUACAAUUGUAUCUAUUUCAGCUACAUGUGAUGUGUCUCCCUUCCUUCCCACACCCAGAUUAUUAGAGGGUUGUGUCCAAUAUACAGCUUGCCGCCAGGGUGUGCAUUCCAAAUAUCCCAUACCAGAAAAGUGGUGCGGAAAACAGGAAGUGUUUGUGCGUAUUUACAUAAGUGUAUACUGAUUAAUCUGGCAAGGUAUAUUGACAUAUGGGCCCCCUGGUGGCACAGCAGGUUAAACAGCUGAGCUGCUGAACUUGCUAACCGAAAAGUUGGCGGUUCAAAUCCAGGUGAGCUCCCACUGUUAGCUCCAGCUUCUGCCAACCUAGCAGUUUGAAAACAAGCAAAUGUGAGUAGAUCAAUAAGUACCACUUCGGCAGGAAGGUAACGGCACUCCAUGUAGUCAUGCUGGGCACAUGACCUUGGAGAUGUCUAUAGACAUCGCCAGUUUCUGGCUUAGAAAUGGAGAUGAACAUCACCGCCCCCGCCGCCCGAGUCAGACACAACUAGGGGCGGGGGGAAACUUUUACCUUUAUUAUCUUGACAUGUAUAUUUCUUGGAGUACUGUUGUUUCCUAAAAAACUGUUUUCAAAUUUACCGGUGGGAGUGAUAUGCAGCAGGUGAAAACAAUUGUAAGGGCAAACUCUCUGCAUAACUCAGCACUGGUUUCUGCACUGACCCUGUGCUUUUCUGCACUGCUUAUUUUUCCCAGACAGGAACUAAAGAAUGAUGCUUACUUACAGUGAUGGUUAGCUAAGGGAUGAGCAACUUCUUUCACAAAAAGGCUGCAUUUAAUCAGUUGUGGACACUAGGGUUAGCCUGUCAUGCCUCUCCAUUUGAGACUCCAGUCCUGUAGGAACUGAGUUGAGAAUAGGCUCCUUUGAAUUUGAUGGGAAUUCCUUCUGAAUAGACAUACACAGAAUCAUUCAACUAAGGCCUUUCUAGGUGGAACACAUGCAACCGUAUUGCUAGAUAGCAAGCUGUUCAACAGCGGAAUGUGCUACCUCUGAGUAUGGUGAAGUCGCUUUCUCUGUAGGUUUUCAAAAAGGGUGGAUGGUCAUCUGCCAGGAGUAAUUUGAUUGAGUGUUCCUGCAUGGCAGCAUGGGGUUGGUCUGGAUGGCCCUUGGGAUGUCUUCCAAUUCUGUGAUUCUGAUUCUUAAUCCUCAUAGACUAAGUUCACAUGGCCAGUGGUGACUAAUGGUGGUAGUUGUGAUCCAGCGCUGAGGGUCACAUGGCUUCCAUCCUUGCUGUUGACUUAGCUGUAUAUUACAGCCGAACUUCUCAUAUUUUACAAUGCAGGUAGAGGCAAUGUGAUACCAGAGGCAAGUCUUCCAACAAACUCUUAACUAGACAUCACAUGAGAAAUAGGUGCAAUCCUCAAGUCUCCCAAGAUGUGCCAAAUGCAGACUGAAAGAUCAUAAACGUGCAGGAAUUGCUCAUCCCUGUCUUGAUCUAUAUGUAGGUUUGUCAGUGUUUUUUCUGGUUCAUAUUUCAUAUCCAUGCUACUUUAUUGUGAGGUGAAUAUUUUCAUUUAUAGUAACUUAAAAUGUAUAGAAUAUUUUAAUAUAUUCCUUUUUGUAAAGAUUUUUCUAGUGUUUGUAAACACGUAAUCUUUGAAAGUGUCCCAAUGAUAUGCAACUUGUUAAAUUAGUCUCUCCUAUUCUGAAAAGCAAAGUCAGUGUAAAUGCACUACUAUUACUGUUUCUCGUGGGCAUAGAAAUGCUAAGUAUGUAGAUAUUUUGAAUGUUUACAACAGUUUUUAUACGUUAAAGUCCUCCAUCAUGAGUGCUUUGUUUGGGGAAAAAAAGGAAAAGAAAACUGUAUGCUUUGUUUCAGCAUAUUCAUGCUAUUUUGCACUAAAUGUGAAUUUAACUUUGUAACAUCUUUGUGUUACUUCCAGAAAAUUUGUUUUAGUGUAAAAGUUAAAAGCAAAUUUGCACAUAUUUGCAUGUUUCUGUGGCAUACAUUUUCAUUUCCAUUAGUUUUCUCUGUGGCUUUUUUUUUCUUUUGGCCUAUGUUCAUAUUGUAAUAAUGAGGUUUAAUGUUAAUCAUGUUAUCACUAAUGUGCCAGCUUCAACCCUCUUCACAUUUUUCCUGCAUGGAUGUAGGAUCGAAACCAUUUGCAGACACCGAAAUAGAUGUUUGGAUGGUGUUCACAAAUGGCAUUGUAAAUCUUUAUCCUACACCUUUUGUAGCAAAAAGUGUUAUGUGGGAAGCAGCUCUUAAAUAGGAAUGUUAAUCUGUUCCUAACCACACAAGUGUACUCACUAAAGGCAUUUAGAUGCCAUUGUAGAGAUAGUUGUUGACCAAAUUAUAGUGUAAAAUGUCUGAAUUAUGCCAGUACACUAGAUUAAGAUAGCAUAAAGGGACAAUCCAUUGGGAACACCGUGUUACGAAUGGCAGCGCUACUUACGUUCAUUCGAGUGAGUUCUUGGGCAGGUUCCUGUGGACUUUACCCUUUUGUAUCUAAAUGAGAUUGGUAAAAUGUGUGUUUUAUUUUGAAACCUGGUUAGAUACAUAUGUGCAAUAAAGUGACUAUUUUGCACUUCGCUAUCCCCUCAAGGCCUAAUAAAUUAAGGUGGGAAUCACUUGAUCUACAAGAUCAUUUAGAAGUGGAUUAUGGGAAUGCUAGUGUUUUACAAUCAUUUCUUUGCAGAAUUUCUUUGCGGAAGGCCACUUGUAGUCCCAUUUUUCAGACCAGGAAAUCUAUGCUGAGAAAAAGUGACUUGCUGAAAGUCACUCAAUAAGGUCUAUUUUUUAAUGUAAGAUUUCAGAUCAAGGUACUCCAGCUGCAUCCUCAUAACAGAUUAAUAUACUGAGAAAGAAAUACUUGGUCACAUGACCAUGAAGCGAUUCAGUGCAUCAGAACAUAGUUUUUGUGGCCAGUAUUGCAGAUCCUGAAGCACAAUCUAUAAUGCCAUGAAAUAAAAAUUAGGAAAUGCCUAUAGCUCUUAAGUAGCAUUUUUUUAUUGAACAUUCCUUAAAAGUUAAGCACAGAAGAGGCUUAAACUAUAAUUUGGUGAAUUUUUAGUACCAACCCCCAAAUGCCAAACGGUUGUCAUCACUGUCAGCUCAGUGAAGUAGGUUAUGCAGCAUUUCACUUUACAUGCUAACUUUUUCUGAGAUGAAUUUUCAACAUCCUGUUGGAAAAGGAGUGUCAUUCAUACAGUUGUCCCUUCCUGUUUGGAGUUUUGACUUUUGGAACUUUGGUUAUUCAUGGAUUUCACUAGUUCUCUAGUUCCUCCAAUGCAAUUAUGUAGUCAGCUUCCAAUAUAGACUCAUGCAGGAAGACUUAAGAGAUUCCUGGAGAAAUUCCUCUCAGGUUACAAAGAAAAACCCCAGUAAAUUCAUUAUUUGCAAUUUUUCACUUCCAUGGGGGUCCUAUGCCCCUAACACCAGUGAAUGUGGAGAGCUGGCUAUGUUGUGUAAUGACGACUGGCACACUGUUAAUGACAGAUGCAUAUAUAAAUCCCUAUUUGGAACAGAGAGCUGUUCUCUCACCUUGGUACUCCAUCAAAAACCUCCCAUAACAGGCACAAGUCAAGUCCUGCAAAGAGCUGGUGCUGCUGCUGCUCCUCCUCCUUCUCCUUCUUGUCAGAAGGAAUGAGACACAGGAGGGGAGACAAUUCAGACCAAGAAGAUUCAGUUGCUUGAGAUCCUGGGGGGGAAUGAAAAAAAUUGCGCACUCUUGCCCUCAUUUCUUAUCCCCACCAGUUGAGAUCAACAGCUUCAGUAUGUCUGAAAUGCCUUUCUCUUCCCCCACCAUAAGCGACAGCCGCAGAAUUCCGCAGUGGGGGUUGAUAACUACUGGGUAGCAGUAGUACAUAAAACUUCAUGUCCAAAGCUAUAAACACACACAGGAUCCCAGCCAAGGUGUCUAGCAUUUGGUUCACUGACUUAUGUGUACCGACUGGACUUAUUAACUAUUUACGUUUUCUAAUGGAUUUGUGCAACAUUCAUGCCAGAAAAAGCUUAAGAUUCAGAUCUUUCUAAGCAAUUAAAAACACGUAAGCUAUAAAUCGGAUGUGGGCAAAGUACAGUUGAAUAGCAUCUCUCAGCUGCCCUUCCCUGCAUAGCCAUUGGUGAGGUAUGCUAGAACAACAUCUGGAGGACCACAAAAUCCCCACCCCUGCUUUUCAGGAAUACAAGAUAUAUUUGGAUUUGCCCUGCGUUGGCUGUGCCUGGCUGAGGCUGAUAGGGAGUUGCUCUUCAAAACAGUAGGAAGGCAACCAGUUGAGGAAGACUGUCUUAGAUUGUUCUUAACCAGUACUGUGAAAUACAAAUUUUGGAAAACUUCUGCAGUUGUAGUCUUUAAAGGUGGAGGCUUUCCUAAGAUGGUACACAAAUGGCCAGGAAUGUGUUGUUUCUUCCCUUACUUGUCAUAGACAAGCAGUGUGCUUCCCUCCACUAUGGUCUUUCGAUACACUACUUCCAAUUCUGGAUUAGAUCCAGAUCUGCCAAUGACCAUAAAGUGAAAAGAUAUACCUUUAUAAACAUGGGAAGACUCAAAAAAAGUUGUGAAAUUUUACAACCUGUUUUGAGAUAGGGAGGCAUGCUGUGACAGAAUGUGAGAAUUUUGUUGUGUGGCUAUUCAGUUACUAAUAACUUUUGUUUGUAGAUACAGUACUUAACAAUAUGAUCUGUUGAAUACAUCUGUGAGUAUUUUGCACUUUUGAGUUCCAUGUAUUUCUGCACUUGUUUUUAAAAAGGAUAUCAUGACUACCAAAGGUGAAUUUAUGGUGGUGUUAAUCUAGACAUUAUUUUCAGUGUAAGUAUGCUCUUAGCCAUAGGCUAUUAUAUAAUUUGUCACAUGUCUAGUUUCCCCCAUAGUCAACAUACUAAUAACAUGCAUAAUGGUUCUCUGUAGUUGCCCCUCCCUGUUUUUAUACUAUAUAACUAUUUUUGUGGCCUGUUUUUCUCAAUAGCACUUAAAAUGUAUAAAUCUCAAUUUAGAGUUUAUAUUUGAAGCCUAUUUUAGCCUCUAAUCAUUAUAUUUGGCUAUCAUACCCACUGUAAGUUCACUUAAAAUAUAAAUUUGACUAUUUGAGAAACUAAUAGAAGCUCUUUUUAUUUGCUUUUGUAAAAUAUGUGUGUAACAUCUUGUAUACAUCUGAAUCCAUCAUGUAGUAAUGUCAGGGAAUAAUAGACUUAGUAUGAAAGUUAUAACUAGAAGUCCAUGCUAUUUAUGAGAUACUGCAUCACUUCAAUUUAAGGAAUUUUGUGACUAUGGGUAUCUAGCUAUAUGAACAAGAAACUGGCCUAAUUGAGAUGAUAUUGCAACUUGAAAGCCAAUGUGAAAUAUCUUUGCCUUGCUUAGUGAUUGUGCUCCUAUCUUUGUGAUCUAAGCAUUCCAGGAAGCCUGUACUUAACCAUGUCCUGUUUCAGAAAGCAAUUGCCUAUAUCCAAUUCUUAGUCCCAAACAGAGUAGGCUCAGUCAAUCAAUGGCAACUUGAGUUGUUGUUAUUCACCAGGUCCACAUUAGUUAGGAUUAACAUUUAGAGAUAGACAGAUGGUUAGAAAAAGUGAAUCUAGCUAUGCUUUGCAUUUGUUUUAACAUGAAUUGGAACUUUCCUGGUCUGAUUACUGGGGCAGCAAAGCAGAGGAGGCUAAUUCACAUCUUGUCUUAUUAAGAUGGGGUAUAAUAAUCCGAACAGCCAUUGUGAUGUAUAAUUUAUAGCAAUAUUUGAGCAUAAUUUUCAAGCAGAGCACAUUGGUAAGCCAUUGACUUUAACAAAAACUGGAACGUGGGGAUAAGUAAAGCCAGAUCAUGAUUGUUUUAUCACUUGUGACUGAUGUGUUUUCUUCACAGAAAUCCAAUAUUUUGUACAACAAAAGUAGCAUUGUUUGUAAUAAUAAAGUGAUUUGUCCUA